CUAUCUGCAAAUGAUAGCCGCUCAAGAACUCUCCGAAUUUCUUCAAAUGGAGAUUCGCCUCAAAAUUGAGGAAGAAGUUCUUGAAUUCUACAGAAAUGGAGAAAUCAAAACUACCCAUUCAAAGAAGGACCCACAGAGGACGUUUCCAGUCAUCAAGUCCACUGUUAGAGGUACAAGAGUGAAGCUUUCGCAAAAGAAAUUGGGAGAAAAGCUUCGCCUUCCCAAUUCUGGAGUUGAAGUUGGAAAAUUUCCAGUCAAAAAUCUGGACUGGAACAUCAUUGGAAUCUCUGGGCAAGCUCCUUCUGGCCCAGCGAAGAAAGCAGAUCUAAACAACGAUUACAAGUUGGUUUUGGAACUGGUCAUCGCUUGCCUCGAGUGUGGUAGUGGAGGUCAUGCCGAUGACAUCACCCAGGAGAGAGCCUUCAUCAUCAACUCUCUCAUUACCAAAACUAAGGUAAACUGGGCUGCACACUUUUUCAAUUCCAUCUCAAAGCAUUUGGGAAAGCCCAACCAGAAAUAUCUCUGUCAAGGACUAUACCUUGGACAUAUUUUGGGAUCUAUGGGUAUUGCUUCUAAAGGAAAGAAGUAUGAAGAAAGAUACUGGUUAUAUUAUCUGUCUUCAAAAGGGGAAAACAGAGCUGGUACUAGUGCCACUGCAGAAGAAAGCUCUUCAAAUAACGUCCCACUCAUCCAUAUGACGAAGACUACCAAAAGGAAGAAAGUGGUGUCUCCCUCCAUUGAAGCACCACAGAAUCUUGCUCCAAUAAAUCUUGAAGAAGAGGAAGAAUCCUCUGACCAAGGAGAACUUCAAAGGAAGAAGAAGAGGAAGAUCAACUCCCCAACAUCUGGAAAUGUCAAUCCGGUUGAGUUGAAGGAGAAGGAACCUGCUGAGGAAACAUCUGCUCAAAACCGGAGCCCUCAACAAUUUGAAGAAGAAAUUCCUCAAGUCCAAAGACUUCCAACCUCAUCUCAGCCUCAAACAGAUGAUGCAGAUAACCAAUUCUGGCAGCUAUACUAUGAUUGGAAAGCCUGGAAAGUUGGGAAUUCAGCAGAGCAACUGUUGAAUUGGGACCAACAGCUGAAGAAUGAGAAAAUCAUCAAGAAGUGCUUAGGAAUACUAGUCAACCACAACUGUGAACAGAUUUUGGAUGACUACUGGGUAUGGCAAAGGAACUCUGAAGACUUGCAUCUGGAAUACCUGGCCAAUACACCAGUUUCAGACUAUGAAGCAGAUGAUGAAGACACUGCAGUCUUCAAGCCAGUCUUCUCAAAAGCUACAGAAAAUCAAGUGGCUCUCACUUCUGAAGCAACAGCUGAGGAUUUCCAAACAUUUCCGGAAACCUCACCUGCCCUCGAAACGGAGACCUCACCAACAUUUCAGGAAACUUCACAUGCUUCUGAAAUGGUUCUGACUGAAGUUGUUCAAGAGAAGGCAACCCCUCCCCCACAAGAACAGAACCAGGAAACAGCAGCAGAAGAAGAAGAAUUUCAGCCACUAAUCCAAUCUCAAGUUUUGGAGAUUCUCACAACUCCUUGUGAGAUCUCCAAUCCUACUGAAAUUGAGAUCCCGGAAAAGUCAGCUGAAAUUCUGGAACAGUCAGCUCUUCCAGAAACAAUGGAGCAAGCUGUUGAAGCACAGAGGGAUUCUGGAGAAGCUGCAAAGGAAGCUCAAAUGGCAGAACUAGAGGUCUCUGAAACUCAAGUAGCCAUUUUUGAAGAAGAGAAUACAGCUGAAGAAAGAGACUCCCUCUCUAGGGAUAUAUCAAAUUUUGCGCUUGAAACAGAAAGAGAAUCUGAAAGAACACUGAAGGUUACUGAUGAAGAAGAUGUCCAAGAAGAUGCUGAAUCUCUUCCUAUGCAACUCUUCCAAAGAACACCAUCAUCUCAUCAGGUAACCAACUUUCAUUUCCAUAGCUCUUCCACCCCUGCUCUUCCGGAUGAGAUACCGGAAAUCUGGACAAAGAAAGUCCAAGGGCUGAUUGAAUCAGCCCUAGCAUCUCAACAUGCCUCCUUUAGGCAAGAGAUAGAACAAAUGGAAGUCAGGCACACCCAGCUAAUAGAGAAAUCUGAAGGAAAACACAGCGCAGAUCUCAAAGAAAUAAGCAAAUCAGUGCAGAAGACUCUGGAGAUUAUCUCUCUAUUGAGUGAAACUGUGAGCAACACGAUGGAAAUAUAUGCCUCUGACAGUCAACUUCAUCUCAAAGAGAUCAACAAAGUCAAAGAGAAAAUAGCGAGUGUCACAAUUAGUCUCCAAAAACAGAUGUCCCUUCUCCAAAUGGACAUCAGAUCAGCCCUAGCAGUAGCUUCUGCAAAUCAGGUAGUGACCAAAGACUACUUGAAGGUGAUCAUUGACAAUCAAAAGGAAGCAUUCAAGCUGUUCAGACUUAUUGGUGCAAACUCUGGAAACCGCAAGAUGGAAGUAAUUCUCCAACAACACAGUCCAUCUCCAAUACCACAGCUUCCUAUUGCAAUCAAAGAAGGAGAAGUAUCUUAUAUUCCUUCUCAUCUGAACUUGACAAAUCUAAUCCUUGAAGCACAGUAAAGAAAUCCGGAAAACUCAGCACAACUUCUAUCCAGCUCAGGACUGGAUGGCACAGAAGUUAUAGGUACAGUUGUUGACCACUUCUCAAAUGAUGCUCAAUCAGAAGAAAGACGUGAAAAUUUA